AUGGAUUAAUCAAUUAAUGAUGCUGAGGCUUUCCUUAAACAAAAAAUCAAAGUCAAUCCAUUGAAAGACCAGAUGUAACAGAAUCAAAAGAAUUAUGAAAUUCAACUUCAAGUAGCUCAAUAUUUCAAGAAAUCUGAAAGUUACACAAAAAAACCAGCAAUACAAUUAGUAAGCAAUGAGAAUGAUGAAUUAUAAGUCUAUUUCAUUUAUGGAGAACACAUUCCUGAUCAAAGUAAAAAAUAAGAUUAUGAUUCUUUUAAAAUUGAUGUCAUUGAAACCAUGCAUCCAAAAAUUGAUAGAUUUUUUAUCAUAGUCUUUUUCAAUACUAAUAUGAUGACUGCCUCAACUCUCAAUGAUUUCAAAGACUUUUAUGGAACUCUACCUGAAAAAUACUUUUUUCAUAUGAAGAAAUUUAUUGUCCUUCAUGCAAAUUUUAUUGUUAAAGGAGGAGGUAUUUUUGGAAUGAAUGAAAUCAAAUCCUUUUUUAAGAAAAUCACUACCUUUGAAGAUACACUCCUCAUAUUAUCCAAAGAAGAAUGGUUUAAAUAUAAGAUGUUAGCUGCAUUACCAGAAAGUGUUAAAGCUUACGAUUAAUCUUAUAAAGAUAUCGAGAAUAAAAGAAAAAGGACUGUUUUCAGGAAAUAGCAAACCUAAUAGGCGGUUGGAGAUGAUGAUAUAGAUUCAGAUGAUAAUUUUGAUAAAGAUUCUAAGAUUUUGGGAUUGAAUUUACACGAAUACGAAAGAAACAAAUAUGGCAUUCCAGUCAUUCUAGAUAUGCUUGUUUAAUACUUUGAAAAAUAACCAGAAAAACUCAAAACAGAAGGAAUAUUUAGAAAGUAAGCCGUUGUUUAUGAAGAGAAAGUAGUCGAGGCAGCAUUGGCAUGUUAAAAAGUAGGAUUUGUGAAUAAAGUUGAAAAUGCUCAUACUAUUGCAUGUGUUUUUAAAUAAUUUUUCUUAAGAUUGAGAGAACCAAUUAUGACAUUUCAACUCUAUGAAUGGGUUGUUUAAAAUAAACCAUAAAUUGAGUAAAAUAUGGAAGUAAGUGUGCAGAUGCUAUUCGAUUAUAUGCCAGAACUGAAUCGAGAAAUAUUACUUUUCUCUCUAGGGUUCCUAUAUUCAGUCAUUAAAGAAUAAAAUGAUAAUUUAAUGACUGCUUAUAAUAUGGCUGUAGUUUUUGGCCCUAAUUUCUUUAGAUCUGAAGUCGUUAAAAUGGCUGAUUUAGGUUAUGUUACUCUUUUUGUUCAAAUAGUCCAAAUUAUGUUGGAGUAGAAAAAGGACUAUGAUUAUAAAAAGAUGUUAGAAGUAAGAAGUGAUAAUCUAAAUUUUGAUGCAUCAUUAGUUCCCUUUUUGCCAGAUGAUUUAGCCAAUUUAGAUGAUAUAUUAGACAUGGUCUCUGACAAAAAUGUCGUAAAUGAAGCCGAGAGAAAAGAAUUAAAGGCAAGAUAUAAAUGA